AUGGGCAUCUUUCUUCGCGAAAAGGCCUUGCCUGGCCUCAAGAAGUACAAAUACUCUUCAGUGGACAAAUCCCUGAUAUCAAAGUACGUUCUGAAACCGUUUUAUACGCGGUUUGUCGAUGUGUUCCCGCUGUGGCUAGCUCCUAAUCUCAUCACGUUGCUGGGGCUGGCGUUCACGGGGAUUUCCGUGAUCCUGACGUUCAUUUACAACCCGCAAUUUAACUCAACCUACCCAAGCUGGGUUUAUUUCGUGUUUGCCAUCAACCAGUUCUUGUACCAGACCUUUGAUGCCUGUGACGGUCUCCAGGCCCGUCGCACCGAGUCGUCGAGUCCCCUGGGAGAGCUGUUCGACCACUGUGUUGAUGCAAUCAACACUACUCUUGGGGUAAUUGUGUUUUCCUCCGUCAUGAACUACUCGCCAUUGAUUAUUAUUUUGGCACUGUUCAGUACCUCGCUGAACUUUUAUUUGUCGACCUGGGAAGAAUAUCACACCGGGACGCUCUACCUUUCUAUCUUCUCUGGACCAGUUGAGGGCGUGUUAAUUGUGGUCGGCAUGGAGAUCAUCACCGGCAUCACCGGCCCAGAACUAUGGAACGACCCCCGCAGCUUUUUGUUUGGGUUUUCCAUGAACGAAGUCUCCCAGCCCUCGCUGCUCCUGGGUCUGUUUUACAACGCCUAUGAAGCGCUCAAAAACGUCAACAAGGUGUACAAAGGGAAAGACAACCAGGCAGCUAAGGGCAUGCUACCGUUUGUUGUUCUGUGGAUUGGCAUGGCUGCCUGGGUCAGCGUAGCACCUUAUUUGAUCCACGAGUACAUGAUUGUCUUCCUGCUCACUUUUGGCCUUAUAUUUGCCCUUCUUGUCGGUCGCAUAAUCACUGCUCAUGUCACCCACCAGAAUUUCCCGAUGUACAAUCCUUUGGUUUGCAUUCCCUACGCUGCGGCAGCCUCGCACUACGCGUCGUCGCUGUUUGGCGGCUGGCCCAUUGUCCACGACCUGUACUUUUUGUACGUCAGCCUCGGCUUCUCCCUGGCCGUCUAUGGCCUGUUUGUCGCUGAAGUCAUCCAAGAGAUCACGGAAUACCUGGAUAUUGGCUGCCUCUACAUCAAACACAAAAAGAACUGA